CUCGCUCGACGCCGUCCAUCCAUCUGUCCUUCGCUCACACCACGACCUCAGGCUUCAUUCCAUCCAGACACCGGUCAAGACAACAAUUGCAGCGACGCCGUAGGCUCUGAAGACCUUGGUUUAUGGCGAAGAUGGUCGCGGGUGCGAAAAAGCUGAAGAUUGGACGGGCACUGCGCUCUGCGGCGCGUCUGCCUGCUCGUGUGGCCUCUGGGAAGGGCAGCGGUCGGGACGUGUUCGCUCCUCUGCCUGGCGAACCGCCCAUCGUGCUCUUGCGAGUCCAGAUCCUCGCCUGUGCCGAGCUUCCGAGCAAGGACCGCAACGGCACCAGCGAUCCAUUCGUCGUGGUCUCGCUGUUGAAUAAGCGCCAGCAGACGCCGGUGCAGAAGAAGACCCUCAACCCAGUUUAUCCCGCGAAAGACGCGACCUUUGAGUUUCCUAUCUUCCUCAGUCUCGCGGAUCGUCUUGGCGUCGUGGAGCUCGUCGUGUGGGACAAGGAUAUGUUGAAGAAGGAUUAUUUGGGAGAGGCGGGCGUCCCCUUGGACGAUUGGUUCAAGGGUGGCGCGUUUGGCUUCGAGGACCCGGCGAACGAGGCCUUCUCCGUCCCCCUCACUUCGACCCGGGCGAACACGAACGCCUCGGGGAGCAUCCACAUCAAGCUCGGAUUCGUACAUCCCCACGACGCGCACACCGUCGCCAAUUUUGGAGAGACGUACGGAGAGCUGGUGAGGCGAUCGAGGCCGAGUUUGGUGUCUGCGCCGCCUACAGAAGGCAUCGGCACCAUCCGUUCCUACCAAUCAGGCCCAGCCUACGAAGACGACGGGCUAAGCUCAGACGAAGAAGCCUCGGAUGACGAGGAAGAUUAUGUGGCCGCCCCGCCUAUCCAGCCAUCCUCGUUGCCUUUGACAUUGUCAUUGGGCAGCACGAAGCACGCGCACGACGAGCAAGAACGGGAAGUAUCGCCGAUGUCGACGCCCACUCCUACGCCGAUCAACACCUCCAUGUCCACAUCCAAUUCCAAUUCCACCUCGACCUCAGCAUCCACGUCACCGAACCUGCCCACGUCGACUUCCUCGCGCACGCGACCACCGAUCAAUAUCUCCAUCAACCCUCCGACCCCGAUCGUUCCUCCCGUCCACCCCAAACAACCGCCGUCGCCCUCACCCAGCUCAGGGUUAGGACGGAUAUUCACGGGGAGGAGGCCGAGUAUGACGCCUAGUGGGAGUUGGGAGUCGACUUAUGCUAAUGCCAGUGGGACGGGGACGGGGACAGGGACUUCGAGUCCGGGGUUGAGUGGGUCUUUUGGUAGUUCGGGUGUUAUCGGUGCGAGUGGCAGUGGAGGAGGAGGGACAGGAGCGAGCACGCCGAGGACGAAUAUGACUAGGAGUUCGAGUGUGGGGUAUGUGGUGGGGCCGGACGGGCAGCCUGUGUAUGAGGCAGGAGGGGAGAAGGGAGGGGGAGGGGAGAAGAAGAGGAAGAAGAUGUUGAGGAAGAGUUGGGGGAAUAAGAAGGUCGAUUUUGAUUUUAAUAUUAAUGCGAAGGCGGCGAAUGAUAUCGUUGGGAUCGUGAUGGUGGAGAUCUUGGGCGCGACGGAUCUGCCGAAGUUGAAGAAUAUGACGCGCACGGGCUGGGACAUGGACCCCUUCGUCGUCAUCUCCUUCGGCAAAAAAGUCUUCCGCACCCGCGUCAUCCGCCACUCCCUCAACCCGACCUGGGACGAAAAACUACUGUUCCACGUGCGGCGGUACGAGACCAACUUCCGCGUGCAGCUCACCAUGCUCGACUGGGACAAAUUGUCCUCGAACGACCACGUCGGCGACGCGUCGUUCGAGGUCGCGCAGUUGACUGCGAAUGUGCCGAAGAAGGAUCCGCAGACGGGACUUUAUCCGGAGGAUGAGGAUGGGAGUAGGGGGUUCAUGGAGUUUGAGUUGCCGUUGCAGACGGCGAAGGAGAUGCCGUGGGAGGCGAAACAUAAUCCUGUGAUUCGGAUCCGAGCGAAGUAUCAGCCCUACGACGCCCUCCGGCAACGAUUCUGGCUCCAAUACCUAAAACAAUACGACUCCGACGAUACCGGCACGCUCUCCCACCUCGAACUCACCUCCAUGCUCGACUCCCUCGGCUCAACACUCUCACAUCAAACCAUCAACAGCUUCUUCACCCGGUUCAACAAGCAGCCGCACGACGACGCGCUCACGUACGCCGAGGCCAUCCAGUGUCUCGAGACGGAGGUGUGCAGGCCAACGAGCGAGAAACGGAGGCUCGCGCCGGACGAGAAGGGAGGGAUCGGAGUCGAUACGAGCGUUAGUGGCACGCCGAACGUGACCACACCGGGGACAGAACUCGCCACGCUCAAUCUCGACAAACUGGACUUUUCGGGCCCGGCGGGGAAUCUGAGGGAACCGAACCAUGAGGUGGAUACGAUGAGAAAACCGGAUGCUCCACCUGCGGUGGGACAGACGGAGGGCAUGAGGAGGGCGUUGCCGAUCAGGAGGGAGGUUCCGUCGUCGUCGAAGGCAGGAGGAGGGCAGUUGACAAAUGAGCCGGAGGAGAUCAGUUUGAAUGAGGAGAGGUUGGCUCCGGAUUCGUUGUUGAGGCCUCCGAGUCAGUCGGUCCUGGGUGUGGGCAACGGUGUCGCGGGACUCGAGGCCUCUGCGUCGUCUUCUGACGCUGAGGAGGAUUGGUCUGGCUCUGGGUCGGGGAGCGGAAGCGGCAGCGGGAGCGGGAGUAAUGGCGACAGUCCCUCGCCGGACAAUUUCGAGCGCGUGAUCAAUGUGAAGAAUUGUCCGCUGUGCCAUCGGCCGCGAUUGAACUCGAAGGCGGAGAGGGAUAUCGUGACGCAUCUCGCGGUGUGCGCGAGCCAGGACUGGGCGAGGGUGGAUAGGAUUAUGGUGGGGAAUUUCGUGACGGCGAGUCAGGCGCAGAGGAAAUGGUAUACGAAGGUGUUUUCGAAGAUGUCGAGUGGGGAUUAUAGGCUUGGGGCGAAUUCGGCGAAUAUUAUCGUGCAGAAUAGGAUUACGGGACAGUUGGAGGAGGAGAAGAUGCAGGUGUAUGUUAGGCUUGGUAUUCGGUUGUUGUACAAGGGCGCGAGGGGCAAGAUGGAGGGAGCAAGAGCGCGCAAGCUCUUGAAGUCCAUGUCCAUCAAGCAGGGACGGAAGUACGACUCCCCAGAGUCGGCAGCCGACAUUCGAAGCUUCAUCCAGUUCCACAAUCUGAACGUCAGCGAAAUCCGGGAGCCUAUCGAUUCGUUCAAGACGUUCAACCAGUUCUUUUACCGGAAGCUCAAGCCUGAUGCUCGACCCGUCGAGGAGCCUGAAAACCCCGAGCGACUCGUCAGUGCGGCGGACUGCCGUCUCAUGGCGUUUGAGACGGUCAACGAGGCCACGCGGUUGUGGAUCAAGGGCCGCGAGUUCACUGUGGCUCGGUUACUGGGGGACACGUACAAGAGCCAGGCUGAGCGGUAUAAUGGCGGUGCGCUCCUGAUCUUUAGGCUGGCGCCUCAGGACUAUCAUCGGUUCCAUUCUCCGGUCGAUGGGACUGUUGGGCCUAUGACUUAUAUCGCUGGAGAGUACUAUACCGUCAACCCGCAAGCUAUUCGGACUACGCUUGAUGUCUAUGGCGAGAAUGCGAGGAAGAUUAUACCGAUCGACAGUCCCCAAUUUGGCAAGGUCUACGCCGUAUGCAUCGGAGCGAUGAUGGUCGGGAGCAUCUUGACGACUGUCAAAGAAGGGGACCAGAUCAAACGCGGUGACGAGCUUGGGUACUUCGCAUUUGGUGGAUCGACUGUCGUCCUUUUGUUUGAGAGGGGUGUCGUUGAGCUGGAUGAGGAUCUGCUCAUCAAUGGUCGUGCUUCGCUAGAAACGCUGGUACGCGUCGGUAUGGGCCUCGGACGACGUAAAGGCAUACCGGCAUCCCUUUCGAUGGCGGCUAAUGACAUCAGUGUUGGUGCCAGGGGAUAUGCGAACGGCGCUAGGGAAGGUAUCAAAGGAUUGGCAGAGGGCGCGAAGGGGAUCGUUGGGGGAAUGAAAGGGAUCGCGCCUGGUGGUAGUAAAGCUUGAUCGGGUUUCUUUUAUUUUCUUCGCCCUCUCUUGCUCUUCUUCUGUUAACCUGACAACAUUAUUUUCAGUAUUAUUUCUUUCAUCCUGUCAUGAUCACGUUCCGCACAAACAUCGAUCUGGACUUUGUCUCGUGUAUACCUUACUCACCGCUCUCCCGACGGCCAAGCACUCGUCACCUCUCACACGCCUCUGCUCCCACCUUUCUUCCAUGUUCUGUAAACAAUAACAACCAACAACUCCGAUUCGCUCUCCCGAACUUAUCUGCACACACACACACCACACUACGCCUUCGCCAUGUACCGUGAAUUCUUAGCUCGUUAAUCGCAACGCUCGGAUGUAUGUACGCAUGUGUAUGUCGCUCGUUCGGCCGUGCCGGUCGGUCACGAGCGCGUGUAUGUACUGUACUCUUUUAUUUCGUUUCUUCUUCUUCUUCUUCUUGCUUCAUUCGUAGAACCUUCGUAACAGCCCCUCUCCCUCU